AGUGCAGUUUCAGCUGCCCUCCGAUUGAAAACCCUCAAAUCUCCGUCUUCUUCUCCGCCCUCGGAUCCAGGGCUCCGACCAUCUAUCCCUUCUUUUACCUUCCCUCUCCUCCACUAUCAUUCUCUCCCCCACCCACCCCUUUCACAACAAACCCUAAAAAAACAAACUCUUUUUCUUCUUACCACAGAAAAAAAAAAACCCCAAAACAUUCUUCUUCCUAUUUCUUCCUUACUAUCAAUUUCUCUUCUUUUUUCUGUUCAUCUUGCCGUUACUGCUUUAUUCUGAAUAAUAGAGGAGAGGGAAGCGAGUCAAAGAUAAAAAAAAAUCUAAAAAUUUUUUGAAAAAUCAAAAAGAAAACAACACACAACAUUCCACCGAGUUUUUCUCUCUCUCCACCAUGGCUCAGGUUCCACCUCAACCUCAAGUUCCUAACUCCGGCGCCGAUCCGGCUGCCAAUGGAGGGGCAAAUCAGCAUGUCACCACCUCCCUCUAUGUUGGAGAUCUUGACGUUAACGUCACCGAUUCCCAGCUUUAUGAUCUUUUCAAUCAGGUGGGGCAGGUGGUUUCUGUUAGGGUUUGCAGGGAUUUAACCAGUCGUCGAUCGCUUGGUUAUGGCUAUGUCAAUUACAGCAACCCAGUGGAUGCUUCAAGGGCAUUAGAUGUGCUAAACUUCACCCCUUUGAAUGGAAAUCCUAUUAGAGUCAUGUAUUCUCAUCGUGACCCUAGCGUGCGGAAAAGUGGGUCUGGAAACAUAUUUAUCAAGAACUUGGACAAGGCAAUUGAUCACAAAGCGUUGCAUGAUACUUUCUCUGCAUUUGGAAGCAUUCUAUCAUGCAAGGUUGCUACCGAUUCAUCUGGCCAGUCUAAGGGCUUUGGUUUUGUGCAAUUUGACACCGAGGAAGCUGCCUUAAAAGCUAUAGAAAAGUUGAAUGGUAUGCUGCUAAAUGACAAGCAGGUGUUUGUGGGACCUUUCCUUCGCAAGCAAGAAAGAGAAAGUGUCAGUGAGAAAACAAAAUUCAAUAACGUUUUUGUCAAGAAUCUCGCAGAAACUACCUCUGAAGAAGAUUUGAAGAAUAUGUUUGGGGAGUUCGGACCAAUCACCAGUGUUGUGGUGAUGAGGGAUGGGGAAGGAAAAUCAAAAUGCUUUGGCUUUGUAAAUUUUGAGAAUGCGGAUGAUGCUGCUAGAUCUGUUGAAGCACUUAAUGGAAAGAAGGUUGAUGGGAAAGAGUGGUACGUUGGGAAAGCCCAGAAGAAAUCUGAAAGAGAAGUUGAACUGAAAAGUCGAUUUGAACAGAGUGUAAAAGAAGCCGCUGACAAGUAUCAAGGAGCAAACUUAUAUGUUAAGAAUUUAGAUGAUAGCAUCGAUGAUGACAAACUGAAGGAGUUAUUCACUGGUUUUGGAACCAUUACCUCAUGCAAGGUUAUGCGUGACCCCAAUGGAAUCAGUAGAGGAUCUGGCUUUGUUGCAUUCUCUUCUCCUGAAGAGGCUGCAAGAGCUCUUGCUGAGAUGAAUGGAAGAAUGAUUGUGAGCAAACCUCUUUAUGUUGCACUUGCACAGAGGAAGGAAGAUAGAAGAGCUAGGUUGCAAGCACAGUUUUCCCAAAUGCAGCCAAUGGCAAUGGCAUCUUCAGUUGCUCCUCGUGGCAUGCCUAUGUAUCCUCCAGGUGGUCCAGGUAUCGGACAACAAAUAUUCUAUGGACAAGCUCCACCGACUAUUAUUUCCUCACAGCCUGGCUUUGGUUAUCAGCAGCAACUCAUGCCUGGAAUGAGGCCUGGUGGAGGUCCCAUGCCAAAUUUCUUUGUGCCAAUGGUUCAGCAGGGUCAGCAAGGGCAAAGAUCGGGUGGCAGACGUGCUGGUGCCAUUCAGCAAACCCAGCAGCCUGUACCUUUGAUGCAGCAGCAGAUGCUACCUAGAGGACGCGUCUACCGUUAUCCUCCUGGACGUGGACUGCCUGAUCUUCCCAUGCCUGGUGUUGCUGGAGGAAUGUUCUCUGUUCCAUAUGAGAUGGGUGGAAUGCCACCACGUGAUGCUGUUCACCCUCAACCAGUUCCUGUGGGUGCUUUGGCUUCUGCUCUUGCAAAUGCUACUCCAGACCAGCAGAGAACGAUGCUGGGGGAGAACCUUUAUCCACUUGUUGAACAGCUAGAGCCUGAUAAUGCCGCCAAGGUAACAGGAAUGCUAUUGGAAAUGGACCAAACUGAGGUUCUACAUUUGCUUGAGUCGCCCGAAGCUCUGAAAGCUAAGGUGGCGGAAGCAAUGGAGGUUUUAAGAAGUGUCGCUCAGCAGUCUGGCAAUGCAGCUGAUCAAUUGGCUUCACUAUCCUUGACUGACAAUCUUGAUUCCUAAUCUGAAUGUUGCAAACCCCUUCUGUUUUUUCAUGAGCCGCAAACCUUUUUACUUGGUGCUUUUUAUUGACUUUGAGAUGGGAAGUUCAACUAUUUUUGUUCGGACCGAGUGAUUUUUAUUACUGGCAAUGAUUGUGGGAACCUAUGCUUAAGUUUUGUUGUGACGCGUUUUACUUUUCAUUACAAAUGCGCUUUGGAAGUUAACUCUUAUGAGUUUUGGUUUAAAUGAAAUUGAAUGUUUGAUUUAUUUUA